CUUCCGCUUUCCCUGUCAUGGCCGCGUCCUGGCGCACAUCUCCGGCGUAAAGUCGCCUUACCUUUCUCUUAUCGUUUGUCUUAUUUGGUCUUUCUUCCAAAUCAAGCUAUGAGGAGUUUACUACAGCUUGGACGUUCUUUUUCUCGCUGCCGUGUACGUUUGUGCCAUCAGAGCGUGUACAAAAAUCACGGCAAUGUACGAAGUGUGGGAGUGGACCUCGGAGACAAAAAGCUGGAAAUCUCCUCCGGGAGGCUUGCUAAGUUUGCUGAUGGAUCUGCUGUAGUGCAGCUGGGCGACACCUCUGUGAUGGUGACAGCUGUGAGCAAAACCAAGCCAUCUCCCUCUCAGUUCAUGCCUCUGGUGGUAGACUACAGGCAGAAAGCAGCGGCGGCUGGAAGAAUCCCAACCAACUAUUUGAGGCGAGAACUUGGUACCACUGACAACGAGAUUCUCACCAGCAGACUCAUAGACAGAUCAAUUCGGCCUCUCUUCCCAUCGGGUUAUUUUUAUGACACUCAGAUUUUAUGUAAUUUGCUGGCUGUUGAUAGCGUCAACGAUCCAGACGUGCUAGCCAUCAAUGCAGCUUCAGCUGCUCUCGCUCUCUCGGACAUUCCUUGGAACGGACCUAUAGGUGCGGUGCGUAUGGGUUUGGUAGGUGGCGAGCUGCUGGUCAACCCUACCAGAGCAGAGAUGGCAUCCAGUACAUUGAACAUGAUUGUGGCAGGAGCCCCCAGCAGUCAAGUGGUGAUGAUCGAGGCGUCGGCCGAGAAUGUUCUGCAGCAGGACUUCUCUCAUGCUGUCAAGGUUGGCGUCAAGCACGCACAGCAAAUUAUCCUUGCUAUCCAGCAGCUGGCGCGAGAGCUCAAAGUCACCAAGCGCACACCGCCCAAGAUGUUCUCGGCCCCCGCCGACAUGGUGGCGCUCGUGCGGCAAUUGGCUUCAGAGAAGAUAUAUGCUGUAUUUACUGAUUAUACACAUGAUAAGAUUUCAAGAGACGAAGCAAUCAACAAGAUUCGCCUUGAGACCGAGGAAUACCUCAAAGAGAAAUUUCCUCAAGCCGAACCUUUUGAAAUCGUCGAGUCCUUCAACACUGUGAGCCGGGACAUCUUUAGAAAUUUAGUGCUCAACGAAUAUAGGAGAUGCGACGGCAGGGAGUUGGCAGCUUUGAGAGACAUCUCUUGCGACGUGGACCUCUUUAAACCACUUCACGGAUCCGCUUUGUUCCAAAGAGGACAAACCCAGGUUCUGUGUAGCGUCACAUUUGAUUCGCUGGAAUCCAGCGUCAAAGCGGACAUUGUUACCACAGCAUUGAGUGGUAUCAAGGACAAAAAUUUCAUGCUUCAUUAUGAAUUCCCACCUUACGCCACCAAUGAGAUCGGGAAGAUGGGAGGUCUGAACAGGAGAGAGCUCGGACAUGGGGCCCUAGCAGAGAAAGCGCUGCGACCAGUCAUCCCCAAGGACUUCCCUUUCACCAUCAGGGUCACGGCCGAGGUGCUGGAGUCAAACGGGUCUUCAUCAAUGGCCUCUGCAUGUGGGGGAAGCCUGGCUCUCAUGGAUGCGGGCGUCCCCAUCUCCUCGGCCGUGGCUGGUGUGGCCGUGGGCCUCAUCUCCAAGUGCAACCCUGACAAGCCCUCAGAGAUCCAGGACUACAGAUUGCUCACUGAUAUUUUGGGAAUAGAGGAUUACCUUGGAGAUAUGGACUUCAAACUGGCAGGAACCAACAAAGGCAUCACUGCGUUACAGGCAGAUGUGAAGAUUCCCGGUUUACCUCUCAAGGUGGUCAUGGAAGCCAUCCAACAAGCCACAGUUGCAAAGCGGGAGAUCUUGGGGAUCAUGAACAAAAGUCUGGCAAAGCCCAGGUCGAGCAGGAAGGCGAACGGCCCGGUCGUUGAGGAGGUGCGCGUGCCCGUGUCCAGGCGGGCUCUCUUCAUCGGACCGGGAGGUUACAACCUUCGACGGUUACAAGCUCAAACAGGCGUGACCAUCAGUCAGAUAGAUGAGGAGACAUUUUCCAUCUUUGCUCCCACACCGGGAGCGCUGAGCGAGGCGCAGGACUUCAUCAAGGAGAUCUGCAGAGAUGAUCAAGAGCAGGAGCUGGAAUUUGGUGCCAUUUACACAGCCACUAUCACUGACAUAUGUGACAUUGGCAUCAUGGUGAAGCUGUAUCCCAACAUGAGCCCUGCCCUUGUGCAUGUCUCCCAGUUGGACCACAGACGGAUUAAACAUCCAAGCGAUCUGUUUCAAGUGGGAGAGCAGAUUCAGUUGAAAUAUUUUGGACGGGACCCCAAGGACGGCAGGAUGCGCCUCUCACGCAAAGUACUUCAGUCUCCUCUCGCCACUCUGGUCAAGAGGCUGAGUGAUAAGCAGAGCAUCUCCAUGGAAACAGCCACAACCAAUUCCGAACUGUGAACCCUGUAAAAAGGAAAAAAAAAUCAGGUGGAUGUGGCUCUUCAAUGAACCAAUGUGGGAAGUUGCUCUUUAUUGUGCUAAAAAAAGAAUCAUGGUGGGGAAAACGACAACUGUGUAGAAUAGAUAUUCAAAGGCCGCCACAAAGAAUUAUGUUGACAGUUGAUUCAUCAAAAAUUAUACUGGCGAACAAUAAAAAAAAAAAAUAGUGUUGAGUAAUGAGUAAUGUUUCAUGCUGAUUCCAAAACUGAUUUCAGUUUUUUUCUUUGUAGCUUUCCUACUUAUGAUGUUGUUACCACUUGCGCACAAUUAUAGUUACAGGAGCCAUAUUGUUAAAUAAACAUUUUUUGGGGGGGGAUCUACUGUUAAGAAACCUGACAUGAUAGAGAAAUGCUGAGAUUGGUUUUGGAGUCAUUCAUUCAUCUUCAGAAUCACUCUUCAGUAAGAGUUUUGUGGGAGUGCUGGAGCCUAUCCCAGCUAACAACGAAUGGGCAGGAGGCAGGGUGCACCCUGAACUGGUUGCCAGCCAGCCCGUGCCUGCAUGGGUUUUUCCCCCCGGGUACUCAGGCUUCCUCCCACAUUCCAAAAACAUGCAUGGUAAACUGAUCAGAACACUCUAAAUUGUACGUAGGUGUGAGUGUGUGCAUAAAUUGUUGUUUGUCUCUUUGUGGAUCCCGCACCUGAAAAUUAUAACAGGUGUCAGAUCCAAGUCAACAAAAAUUCUGUUCUCCAGUGUUAUUUUUUGUGAUGAAUCGACUAAUCUGCUUUACAUGCACUAUGCGCCAGAACAGUUGGACUUUGAAUAUAUUUUUUAAACUAUGUAAGCCUAACAUUGUUUUGCAGAAAAAAAACGUGCUGCACAUAUAUCUGUUUUUUUCCUUUAUUGUUUUAUUUAGAAUAUAUUUUAAUAAAAAUUUUGUAUGUUUUCUUAAUGUUUAAAAAAAAAAAAAGAUUAAAUGACAAUAAUAUUAAAAGGUUCAUAAGAGUUCUAAAAAUCCGUUUCUCCCAAUAUGGAUGAAUUUGACAUCUAUGAUUGUCAACAGCAAGUAAUGAGUUAAGUACUGUUAAAAAAACAACUUUAGAGAAUUAUUAGGGGCCAUAACUUGUGUGGAUUUCUGUAUUCAUUUUAAUUGAAUAAAUGAAUAGUAUAAUUAGGAUUGAGACCAAGUGUCCAGUCCACCCCAUUUUGGGUCAUUUAGGCCAUAUUUGUGCACAAAAUGUUCAUAUUGGGGCCUACAUUAACCCGAAAUGGGAUCUCCAUGUAUUGGUUUUCCCAAUGGGUUUUCCCAUUGGCAGUGUAUCAAAUACUUGUUCUCCCCACUGUAGAUACCAUAUCUCUUAAGAUGUUUUGUUUUCUUUAAGGGAAAGACGACAUCUUUAUCAUGUCCAGACCAGCGGAAAGAAUCUUGAACUUAAAAAAACUCCCCAACUCUAUUUUUAACCAGGAAAUGAUCAUAUAUAGCAUG